ACCGGUUUGAAUACCGCAUUAAUUUCUCUCUACAGUUAAACAAAAAGACACAAUUUAAAAAAAACAGUAAAUAUUCCCAAAAAUCACAUUAAAUAAAAAUGGCCAUAAAAGUAAAAGGAGAAUAUGGAAAUAAUAAAUGUCAUGAGUUAUAUAUUUAAGUAAACAAUGUUCCAAAGAAACGGUGAGUCUUCCUUCUUUAACAUUUUGACUCAUCUCUUUUCUUUCUCUCUACGAUUCAUCACAGUUAAAAAAAAAAAUCAUCUUUAGUUUCUCUCUCUUUUGGUGAUUAUUACAGAGAGAGAGAGAGAUGGAGAGAGGAUCAAGAAGAGUAAAGUUCACGGAACACUGUACGGUCAAACCGGUGCCAGCUAAACCAUCCAACGGCUCUCCGAGAGUGGUCCGAAUCUCUUUCACCGACCCUUUCGCCACUGACUCAUCAUCAAGCGACGAAGAAGAAAACGACAAGGCUUGUCCGACUCCGAGAGUGAAACGGUACGUGGAGGAGAUUAGAUUCGGCGAAACCAAACCCCCGAGAAAAGCUAGAUGCAAGGCGGAGAAGAAAGGCUGCGGCGGCGAGAGAAAGGCUAAGGCUGACGUGUCAGCGAAUCCCAUAAAGUACAGAGGCGUGAGGCAGAGGCGGUGGGGAUCCUUCGCGGCGGAGAUAAGGGACUCCGCGAGCCGUACUCGGAUUUGGUUAGGGACUUUCGCCACGGCGGAGGAAGCCGCCGUUGCGUACGAUCGAGCCGCGAUUCGUCUCAAGGGUCACAGCGCUCUGACUAAUUUUCUGACUCCUCCUUCGCCGGGGGAAACGCCGGUUAUCGAUCUGAAAACGGUUUCCGGGUGUGAUUCGGGGAGCCAGAGCCUCUGUUCUCCGACGUCUGUUCUUCGGUUCAACGUCAAAGAGGAAACGGAGUUGGAGACGGCGGAGGUGAAGCCUGACGUGGCGGGUUUGUUCCCGGAUCCGUACUCGUUGCCGGAGUUGUCUCUCGCCGGAGAGUAUUUCUGGGAUUCUGAGUUUCCUCCGGCGCCGUUGUUUGUGGACGAAAUCGAAAUCCAUAAACCUGUUCCGAACCGGAGAGAAGAUGACGAACCGGAAGAGUUCUCGUUCCAUUUGAGUGGAGAUUUCGAUGCAACUCCAUGGGAUGUGGACAAUUUCUUCGAGCUUGAUUAAUUAAAAAAUCGAUUUUUACUGGUUCUGAGAUUUUUGUGACGAUGAUGAAGACGUGGACGCAUCUAGGCCGUGUGCUUGCUUUUUUCGUUCAUUGACGUGGACUGUUCUGAUCGGCUGGACGCUGGAGCGCGAGAAUAGCUCCGUUUAAUAGAAGUAUGGUCCAACUAUUGCAUAAUAUAGAUAAUAUGUCUAUUAUCUAUUGCGCGAGAAUAUUAUCUAUUGCGCGAUAAUAGCUAUUAUCUAUUGCGCGAGAAUAUUAUCUAUUGCAGCUUCACCCAUUGAUAGAAGUAUGGUCCAACUAUUAUUUUUUUAUUUUUAUCAUUAUUUAAAAUAUUAUUUAUUA